GAAAUGCUGAUGACAGGAAGUAGCGCUAUCUUCAUCAGCUUCGCUCCUUAUCCACCUGUAGACAAAAAUGGUAGAAAAUUCGGAGAAAUUUUCGCCAAAAAGAAGGAUUUACAAGAGAAACCCACGACCCAACAAAAACCCUUAUUCCCACUGAGACUUUCAAAAUCCAUUCUUUCUCGCUCAGCCAUUGCUGUAUUUGGAUUAGGAUUCGUAGAUGCCGGGUACAGCGGAGAUUGGUCGAGGAUUGGAGUGAUUACCCCACAGACUGAAGAAUUGCUCAAGAUCGCAGCUUUUGUUGUGGUUCCUUUGUGUGUCUUUCUCAUCCUUUCUAUCCCUGAAGAACCAAAUGCGUGAGGCUUUCUGUUUCAUGUGAUUAAUUUAGUUGUAAAUCAUCUAUGUUACUCCUUUUAACUGCUCUUUGAUUUCUUUUUUUAUUUAUCCGCUGGAAUGUAUUAAAGGUGGAAUUAGCGAGAAUCAAGUGAUGAUGUCUGGUUUAGUGAUUGGGCAUAAUUUUUCAUGGCUUUAAUUAUUUGUUAUCUGCAAAUUAAGAGAAAGUUAUUAUGAACUUUGCUAUUUUGAUA